AGGUGGCGACAAGUGAUUGCGUCGGGGCCUGCUUGAAGCGGAAAUGACGUCACGUCUUUGCUCUUCCACGUGCGAGAGUAGCACAGUCACAUUGGAACCGUCGACAGUCCAAGAUGAAACGACCUAAGCUAAGGAAAGCGAGUAAGCGAAUGUCAUGUGCCAAACGGUAUAAAAUCCAAAAGAAGGUCAGAGAGCACAACAGAAAGCUCAAAAAAGACGCGAAGAAAAAAGGCUUAAAGAAACCAUCGAAGAAAGAUCCAGGAGUUCCUAACAGUGCACCUUUUAAAGAGGAAGUCCUUCGGGAGGCUGAGCAGAGGAGACUACAGAUUGAAGAGGAAAAAGAGAGAAGGAAACAAGCUAAUAAAUUGGAGCGAGCCCAGAAGAGGAAAAAGGAAAAAGAAGCUGCUAGUAAACAAGCGGAACCCAAAGCCAAGAAAGCACGUCAGGAGGAGAAACGCCCGGAUAAAACAUCUAAACAGUUUCUUUGUAGCCAAGUAAACAGGGUGAUUGACGCCGCUGAUGUUGUCAUAGAGGUGCUGGAUGCUCGUGAUCCGCUGGGAUGCAGAUGUCCGCAGCUGGAGGAGGCGGUUUUGCAGAGGGCCGGCAACAAAAAAUUGCUUCUUGUUUUAACAAAAAUAGACUUGGUGCCAAAAGCAAACGUGGAACUAUGGAUUCAGAGAUUACAGCAGGAAUUUCCAGUUGUGGCCUUCAAAGCGUCAUUGCCGGUUUCACGCAAAACGGCAAACAAAAAGAGAAGACUCGGGGCCUCCAAUGAAAUCUUGGACCAAUCCAGAGGAGCCGCCUGUUUUGGAAACGCCGUUCUCACUGAGCUGCUCACAAGUUACGCUGCCAGCAAGCCGGAGGGUUCAACUCUCAGAGUUGGUAUAGUCGGCUUUCCAAAUGUCGGAAAAAGCAGCCUGAUCAACUGUCUGAAGGGAAGUCCCGUGUGCAUUGCUGGCGUGGAGAGAGGCAUCACAAAGACGAUGCAGGAGGUGCACGUUUUGAGCAACGUGAACCUUCUAGACAGUCCAGGAAUCCUGGCCUGUCCAUCCAACGCAGCAGCUUCCUUGGCUCUGAGGAGCCUGCAGGUGGAGGAGGGCGAGGAGAAGGUGCAGGAGGCCGUCAGGACACUCCUCAAACAGUGUGACAAGUCUCAGGUCAUGCUCCAGUACUACGUUGCCAACUACAGGAACGCUGUGGAGUUUUUAACUUUGUUUGCCCAAAAGCGUGGAUUCCUGCAAAAGGGUGGCGUCCCAAACCUGGCACAGGCCGCUUCAGUGUUUCUUGAUGAUUGGACAGGACCCAAGCUGAGCUACCACUGCAAGCCGCUUAACAGCAGCCUCCCGAUCUACAUGAGCGACGCCGUGGUCACCGAGAUGUGGAACGGCCUGGACCGUAACCAGCUCAACGUAGGCAACGAGAAUACUAUGAGCAGUGUAAAAUUCCCAAACCACGCCAGCAGUAUCAGCUUCACGUCCAAAGGUCCCACCGCCGGCCUGCUGGUGGUCAGCGACAUCCCAAAAGAAGAAGAAAGACCCACGGAGAAGGAAGCACAGAAUAAUGAUAUAAAGACUAAAGAAAGCGCCGAGACAAAUACACAUGAACCAGAAGAAGUGGCACCCCAAGAAAAAACAAAGCACGUCCACUUCAAAUCGGUACCCAUUGACAUCAGCCUCUCUACGGGAGCAACAGAUGACGCCUAUGACUUCAACACUGAUUUUGUAUGAUUCUGAAUCCAAGUGGUGGACUACCCCAGACCAGUGUUCACUGUAAACCCCGGAAAUAGUGACGUUGAAAUCUUAUCAGAUUUAUCACUCAUCCAUAAACGUAAGUUACAUCUGUAUCAAUGUAUGCAAAUAUUGUAUAUAAAACACAACCGAUGUAAUAAACCAGAGUUCCAAUGUAAA